GUUAACGGCCGCAGGGCCGCGGCGGCAGGAGUGGCGCUCGGGCCCGCCUGCGCGCUCCUGCCCUCCCUGCUCCCGUGGGGCGACCCCCGGCGCCCGGCUGCGGUCGGGGCGGAGGAGAAGGAGGAAGAGUAGUGGGGCGGAGUGAGGAAGCGCUGUGAGAAGCCAUGUCUGCGCCCGCCGGGCUACCGCCGCGGCCCGCCGCUGCCGUUUACCCGGGCGGGCCCGGCGCCUCCCGGGAGGCCGCGGCCCCUCAGAGCGGCGCGCCUUGCUACCAGAACGGUCCUGUGCAGAGUCGGAUGCAAUUCCCUUCUGGCUAUGGCUCGCAUCCUCCAAACUAUAGUGCGCCCUCAGGACACUAUUCCCAAGUGCCCAAUAAAGCUGCUGCUUCACAUUUGGAUAAUCAGUAUAGAGCCAGUUACUACCCAACUUACUAUUCCGCACCAGCACAAAAUGUUAUGACACCUUCCGUGGGUACCAAUGCGUUGAAUACACAGGAAUUGCAGCAGUUGUACAAUAAAACUCCUCCCCAUGCAGUGGUGUCAGCUGAAGGACCUAUUCAAGGAGCAAUAUCAUCUGCAUCCUACUUGCAUACGAGUGCUCAGCAGUCAUAUUCAGCAUUUGGUAAUCACUACAGCACUUCUUUCAGCUCUUCAGUUGCAUCUCAGGGAUUUCCCCUUAAUUCUGAUCACUACACCAUGCCCGUGGCUUCUAGUGCCAUGUAUCCUAAUGUUUCCUAUCCUGCGGCUGCUGGCAGCAUGUAUGGGCAGGCAUUUACCUCUCAGAGCCUACCUGCUGUUGGACAGUUCAAAGAGACAAAUACGUUUUCUAGCCAGAGUACAUCAGUACCUCAUUCACUUCAACAGCAUGUUCCUGUGGGAUAUAAUUCAACAUUAUCAUCUGCUUCAUCUGCUCAGUCCGUUCAAGACAACCUCAGCAGGAAUCUUGCUGGAUCGGUUGCUAAAGUAAAGAACCAAAUAAAUACAGGUGGCGUUGAUUCUUCACAGCCCAUGCACUCUCUGAGCCAGAGCGUUCCGUUUACCAAGCCUGGGGCUGGAACAUCUGCUUCCUCUGAUGUGAUCUCGUCAAUAAGGACACCUGCUCCAAGCCUUUCUUCACCGCCGCGAUCUUCACCAUCUCUUACACAUUCACCAGAGUCAGACCUUCAGGAAGGCAUGCAGUAUGGUGGAUAUGUUAAUAAUCAAGCUAGCUCUGCACCAGCUCCCUUGUCAUCAAGUUCAGAUGAUGAGGAAGAGGAUGAGGAGGAUGAGGAAGCAGCAAUUGAUAGUUCCUCUACUACAAGCAGUGCCUCUCCUGUUCUGAACAAUUAUGAUGCCCUGGAAGGAGGUGGCUAUCCAGAGACACGUUCUGUGACCAGCAGCCCAGUUCCUAGUCCAUCAGUCCCCCAGACAUCAAAAGCUUCUAAGCCCUUUGGUUAUGGAUAUCCAACACUGCAGCCUGGCUACCAAAAUGCAGCGCCACCUACUCCUGUGCAGCCCAGUAAUCCAGGACACCAUCCUGGGUUUCAGCACUAUCCACAGCAAUAUCCAGGUGUGAACCAGCUGUCCUCUUCCUUAGGAGGGUUAAGUCUACAGCAUUCUCAGCAGCCAGAAAGCUUGAGACCAGUAAACCUUACACAAGAUAGAAAUAUUUUGCCUGUAUCUUCAGUUCCAGCACCUGUGCCUAACUUGAAUUCUGAUCUUAGGAAGUUAAACUGCAGUCCAGACUCAUUUCGAUGUACACUGACAAAUAUUCCACAGACACAGGCUUUAUUAAACAAAGCUAAGCUUCCUUUGGGUUUGUUGCUACAUCCCUUCAGGGACUUAACGCAAUUACCAGUAAUAACAUCAAGCACAAUAGUGAGGUGCAGAUCCUGCAGGACAUAUAUCAACCCUUUUGUUUCUUUCAUUGAUCAAAGGAGGUGGAAAUGCAAUCUGUGCUAUAGAGUUAAUGAUGUUCCUGAAGAAUUUAUGUAUAAUCCUCUGACGCGAUCUUACGGAGAGCCUCACAAACGGCCAGAGGUCCAAAAUUCUACAGUGGAAUUCAUUGCUUCUUCAGACUAUAUGCUUCGUCCUCCUCAGCCUGCGGUAUAUUUAUUUGUUUUAGAUGUGUCUCAUAAUGCAGUGGAGGCUGGAUAUUUGACAAUAGUCUGCCAGUCAUUGCUGGAAAACCUAGACAAGCUGCCUGGGGACUCGAGAACAAGAAUAGGGUUCAUAACGUUUGACAGCACUGUUCAGUUUUACAACUUACAAGAAGGUUUAUCUCAGCCUCAGAUGCUGAUUGUCUCAGAUAUCGAUGAUAUCUUCCUACCUACACCAGAUAGUUUACUUGUAAAUCUCCAUGAAAGCAAAGAGCUGAUAAAAGAUCUAUUGAAUGCGUUACCAAAUAUGUUCACCAAUACAAGAGAAACGCACAGCGCGUUGGGCCCUGCUCUUCAGGCUGCAUUUAAACUGAUGUCUCCAACGGGUGGUCGGAUAUCUGUGUUUCAGACUCAGUUACCAUCUUUGGGAGCAGGUCUUUUGCAUUCCAGAGAAGAUCCCAAUCAAAGGUCAAGCACAAAGGUCGUCCAGCAUCUUGGUCCAGCAACAGAUUUUUAUAAGAAGUUGGCACUGGACUGCUCAGGCCAGCAGACUGCUGUGGAUUUAUUUCUCUUAAGUUCACAGUAUUCUGAUCUAGCUUCUCUUGCUUGCAUGUCGAAGUAUUCUGCUGGAUGCAUCUAUUACUAUCCAUCUUUCCAUUGUAGCCAUAAUCCUGCUCAGGCCGAAAAGUUUCAAAAAGACCUUAAAAGAUACCUUACAAGAAAGAUUGGAUUUGAAGCAGUCAUGCGCAUAAGAUGUACAAAAGGUCUUUCAAUACACACUUUUCAUGGGAACUUUUUUGUACGAUCUACUGAUUUAUUGUCCCUUGCCAAUGUCAAUCCUGAUGCUGGAUUUGCAGUACAAAUGUCCAUCGAGGAAAGUCUGACUGACACAUCUUUGGUUUGUUUUCAAACAGCUCUUUUGUAUACUUCCAGCAAAGGUGAACGUCGAAUUCGAGUGCACACACUUUGCUUGCCUGUAGUAAGUUCACUGGCUGAUGUAUAUGCAGGAGCGGAUGUACAAGCAGUUGUAUGCCUCUUAGCAAACAUGGCUGUGGAUCGCUCAGUUUCAUCUAGCCUUUCAGAUGCAAGAGAUGCCUUAGUUAAUGCCGUGGUGGACUCCUUGGCGGCAUACAUGUCAACUGCCUCAAAUCUGCAGCAGUCCAUGCUGAUGGCACCAAAUUCCCUCAAGCUGUUUCCACUGUAUAUUUUGGCCCUUCUCAAACAGAAAGCAUUUAGAACAGGCAUGAGUACACGCUUGGAUGAUCGCGUAUAUGCAAUGUGCCAGAUGAAGAGCCAGCCUCUUGUUCAUUUGAUGAAAAUGAUACAUCCCAACUUGUACAGAAUAGACAAGUUGAUUGAUGAGAGUACAAUACAUGUAAAUGACAGAGUUGUUCCUCAGCCACCUCUUCAGAAGCUGUCUGCAGAGAAGUUGACAAGAGAAGGAGCUUUUCUGAUGGAUUGUGGUUCAAUUUUUUACAUUUGGAUUGGAAAAAACUGUGAUAACAACUUCAUAAAAGAUGUCCUUGGAUACCCAAACUAUGCGUCAGUACCACAGAAAAUGACACAGCUUCCUGAAGUAGAUGCACUGUCUUCAGAAAGGACACGAUCUUUUAUAUCUUGGCUUAGAGACAGUAGACCUUUAAGUCCAGUUCUUCAAGUAAUAAAAGAUGAGAACCCUGCCAAAACAGAUUUUUUUCAGCAUUUAAUUGAGGAUCGGACAGAAGCAGCUUUCUCAUAUUAUGAAUUCUUACUUAAUAUACAACAGCAGAUUUGUAAGUGAACAAGGAAUAAAUAGAAGAAAAAUCCUGACUUCAGGUGGAAGCAUGGGCCGAGAGAAGCAUAUGGGAAGUUACAAAAGUGGAUGCUUGUUCUUCACAAUAUACAGUGACCAGCACUGUUUUGGAAGCUUUACAGUUAAUGAAGUAUACAUUUCCAAAAGAAUUUUGCAGAUUUACUUCAGUCUAAAAGUGCUAGGAAUGAUGAAGCUGUUUCACUAGUAAACUUUAAAUUGAUUUAUACGUGUUUCCAGUUGUGCAGCGGUAUGGUGCUCUGUUUAUUGCAAGCUGGUGAAUUUAUGUAGCUAUGUGGGAUGAUAUUUCUUAACAAAAUGUACAAUUAGGUAAAGCCUUUUUUCUUACAUUUAUUAUAGUAGCCCUUCCAGAUCCAAAUUCUUAACAGAGAUGUCAAAGGGCAGUGCUGUAUGUUGGUUGUUUAUAUGAAUUUCUUUUUAAAAGGAAUGAUUGCUAAAGACUUCAGCAAAUUCCCUGUGAAAGUUGUAGAGUUUCAGUAAAGUACAUCAACUGUAGAAAUAAGAUAUAUAAUGUACAUAAGUAUUACAUUUGUAAAGAAAAUGUAAAAAAUGUAACUAAAAAAAAAGACUUAGCUCAGUGUGCAGAAUUGUUGAGUGCUCAAUGAUGAAUUGUUUUGUCCCAGGCUAGACAAUGAAGUUGACUAUUAAAACAUGCUAAAAAAUGUAUCCAUGUAGAAAGAACACAGCUGCUUCUUCUGUUAAUUUUAGGUGAAUUUAUUUAUGAUUGGGUUACUAAUUAAAAAUAUUUUGCUUUAUCAUGUGUUUUUAUAUUGAUGCAAGUAUAAUCCUUUUGCAACUAAACUCUUACUGAACUGAAUAUUGGUGAGAACAUGUUUACCACCUUAUUUCACAGACUUCUGGAAGGGAGGGGAAAAUAAUGCAUAAUCUGAAAUGAGCUAUUGAUAUAAAGUUCCUAAAACUCUUCCUAUGUAUUAUCCUAAAGAAGGUAUAUCUGUUAACCUUGGUUUACAUUUUGUAAACUACUGUAGUCUUGGUCCAGGUUUCUGUAACUUGUGUUGUCUGCCAUUUAGAGUAAGCAUGGGUAAUCACUCACUCUCACUUGAUGAUUUGAUUUCUGCUGUGGAAAAAAAAAAAGGAUGAGGAGAGGUAAAAAUUAAUUACCUUGUAUCAGUGAAAGUAAAGGCUUUAAAAUGUCCAACUUCAAAA